AAAUGAAUUCGUCUGAUUUUCGUAUAUUAAGUCAAAGUGUUCAAAUAUCUCAAAUAAAUUUUGAAAAACAAUCAUUUCGUGUUUCAACAGAAAUUGCUUUUAUUCCUCUCAAAUCAAAUUUAUCUAAUAUAAUUCUCAACAUCGGCAGAGAUUGUAUUUUGCCAAAUGAAGCACGUUUUGAGGGAUUUGGAAAAGUGACAAUUGACGAUUUUGAUGCAAUUUAUACUCGAAAUAUUUUUAAUUUGAAUUUUUCAACUGAUCAAUCAAAUUAUUCUAUUCAAUCAUGCAAAAAAGCUUUUAUUGAAGCAAUAGAUUCUCAUCUGGGUGAUUUAAUAAUUAAAAUUCCUGAUCAGUGCAUUAAUUAUGUUCAAACUCACAAAGUUAUGAAACUCGCUAUGGAUUUGAUUGUUUCUAAACCUCGAAAUGGUAUCAAAUUUGUUUUUGAUAUUUCUAAUGAAAAUAAUAUUUCUCCUUCACAUUUAUUCACUUUUCGUUCCAAUUUAAUAUCUAGCACGAAAGAAUGGCUUCCUUGUUUUGAAAGUCCUUCUCAACUUUGUGUUUGGCGAUUUGAAUUUACAGUUCCUAAAAAUUUAACAGCAAUUUGUUGUGGUGAUUUAAUUGAUACAACUUCUGUUUUGGAUGACGAUUCUUUAAAAACUUUUCAUUAUCAAUUACUUGUUCCAACAGCUCCGGGAAAUAUUGGAUUUGCUAUUGGAGAUUUUCAAAUGUAUGUUCAACCAGAAAUGCCCGAGAUUAUUAGCUUUGUUCUUCCAUCUUUAAUGCCUUUACUUAGGCAUACAAUGACUUCAUUAAAUAGAAUAUUUGUUUUCUUUGAAGAAUUGCUUUCAUGUAGAUUUCCUUACAGCACUUAUUGGCAGGUUUUUGUUGAUCAGACCCCAGAUGAAUUAACAACAUAUUCUGGUCUUUCAAUAUUUUCCUUAAAUAUUUUAUACCACAAGAAGAUUUUGGAUACAGUUCAACACAUGAGACAAAUUUUGGCAAAAGCAGUGGCACAACAAUUUUUUGGAUGUUUUGUUACUUCAAAAGAUUUUUCAGAAAUUUGGUUAAUUGGGGCAAUUUCAAGUUUCAUGACUGGGAUCUUUGUUGAACGAUUUUUUGGGACUUGUGAAUUUCUUUUUCAAGUACAAAAAUUUUUAAAAGAUUCUUGCGAAUACGAGUCGCGUUUUGGUCCAAUAACACUUCGUUCAAAAUCAGAAGAAUUUGACGAAUCUUCAUCUGAUCGUUCAUUGCCAGAACUUUGUUCACUUCUUUAUUUGGAAACGCUUUUUAAAAGAGGACAUUUAAUAUUAAGAAUGUUGGAUAAAAGAUUACCUAAAGAACAAUUUAUUAAAGUUUUUCUUUUUCUUUAA